GGCGUGGUCAAAUUCGAUGAUUGACGGAUCCGGUUUGCCAGCUGUUGUAGGCGGUUUUGAUCCGGGUCGGAACGGGCAAAGAGGCCAAGGAAACGCAGGGAGAUAUUCUUUGGUUUAUUCUGGGAUGGGAAAUACGGACACCAAAUUAAACUUUAGGAAAGCAGUCAUCCAACUGACAACCAAGACGCAGCCAGUGGAAGCUACUGAUGAUGCAUUCUGGGAUCAGUUUUGGUCAGAUUCAGCCACUUCUGUGCAAGAUGUCUUUGCUUUGAUCCCAGCUGCGGAGAUUCGUGCAGUUCGGGAAGAGUCUCCAUCAAACUUGGCAACUCUGUGCUACAAGGCAGUAGAAAAGCUUGUGGCAGGUGCAGACAGCGGAUGUCACUCGGAAACUGAGAAGCAGAUGGUUUUGAAUUGUGCUCGACUACUUACCCGUGUCCUGCCAUAUAUCUUUGAGGACCCAGAUUGGAGAGGUUUUUUCUGGUCUUCUGUACCUGGAGCUGGACGAGGCCAGGAUGAUGAUGAGGAGGAAGAGGAUGGCUCGCGUCCUCUAGCUGAAUCCCUUCUCCUGGCUGUAGCUAAUCUUCUAUUCUGUCCAGACUUCACAGUGCAAAGUCAUAGGAGAAGUGGAACGGAUUCAGCUGAAGACAUUCACACUCUUGACAGUUGUGAGUAUAUCUGGGAAUCUGGUGUUGGAUUUGCUCACUCCCCAACCCCAAACCAUACCCAUGACCUCAACAGGACUGAACUUCUAAAACUACUACUGACAUGUUUCUCAGAAGCUAUGUACCUCCCACCUUCAUCAGACAGCAGCAGUACAGUCAACCCCUGGGUGCAAUUCUUCUGCUCUACAGAAAAUAGACAUGCUCUCCCUCUCUUCACAUCCCUCCUAAAUGUGGUGUGCGCAUACGACCCAGUUGGUUAUGGGAUUCCGUAUAAUCACCUGCUGUUUUGGGAUUCCCGUGAGCCAUUGGUUGAGGUGUCUGCCCAACUUCUUAUAGUCACCCUCGAUUCUGACCCCAGUGCAAACUCUGGCCCCAGUAUGGACGGGACCACCACUAGCACUGCAAUGGAUGAAGGCGAGAGCCUUGCACCAGACAAUCUGUUUGUAAAUUACCUGUCCCGAAUCCACAGAGAGGAGGACUUCCAGUUUAUCCUGAAAGGUCUGGCACGGCUGUUGCUUAAUCCCCUUACUCAAACAUACUUGCCGAAUUCUACAAAAAAAAUUCAGUUUCACCAAGAAUUGCUGGUCUUGUUUUGGAAAUUAUGUGACUUCAACAAGAAGUUCCUAUUCUUUGUCUUGAAGAGCAGUGAUGUCCUGGAUGUGCUGGUCCCAAUACUGUAUUUCCUGAAUGACGCACGAGCGGAUCAGUCCCGUGUAGGUCUCAUGCACAUUGGCGUUUUUAUCCUUCUGCUGCUUAGUGGAGAGAGGAAUUUUGGCGUCCGUUUGAACAAACCCUAUUCAGUGCGAGUUCCAAUGGAUAUCCCAGUGUUUACAGGCACUCACGCUGAUCUUCUUAUUGUGGUGUUUCACAAGAUUAUUACUAGUGGACAUCAGCGUUUGCAGCCUCUGUAUGACUGUCUCCUCACCAUCGUGGUUAAUGUGUCUCCAUACCUGAAGUCCCUUUCCAUGGUGGCCUCUAACAAGCUCCUUCACUUGCUUGAAGCUUUUUCCAGCCCUUGGUUCCUUUUCUCCUCUCCACAGAACCAUCAUCUAGUCUUCUUUUUGCUUGAAGUUUUCAACAACAUUAUCCAGUACCAAUUUGAUGGUAAUUCUAGUCUGGUGUAUGCCAUUAUUCGUAAGCGUAAUGUGUUUCAUCAGUUGGCGAACCUCCCUUCAGAUAAUUCUAACAUACAGCGUGCCCUCCAGCGAAAGAAAAAACCAUCAGAGCCAAUUUCACGCACAAACUCUCAAGAUGGGGCAUCUAUGGAAGGCUCACGUCCUGCUGCCCCAGCAGAGCCAGGCACACUCAAGACCAGCCUAAUAGCCACUCCAGCUAUAGAGAAGCUGACUGAGAAAUCACAAGUUUCUGAGGAUGGUACUUUGCGAGCUGUGGAUCCAGAUGUCACCCAGUCUCCUAAAGAGGUUAGCCAUCUAGAGGAUGUUUCUGAAAGUAGGCAGAGCAGACGCUUCUCUAACUCGUCAUCGCAAUGGAAUCCAACUACAGACUGGGUCAUGUCUUGGAAGGUAAAGCUGCCACUUCAAACAAUAAUGCGGUUACUACAAGUCUUGGUGCCCCAGGUGGAGAAGAUCUGCAUUGAUAAGGGAUUGACUGAUGAAUCUGAGAUCCUGAAAUUCCUGCAGCAUGGAACAUUAGUGGGUCUGCUACCUGUCCCGCAUCCUAUUUUAAUCCGUAAAUACCAGGCCAAUGCCGGCACUGCCAUGUGGUUCCGCACAUACAUGUGGGGAGUUAUCUACUUAAGGAACAUGGAUCCUCCUGUUUGGUAUGACACGGAUGUGAAAUUGUUUGAAAUCCAGCGGGUUUAGCCCCAACAUCGUUCAUGUAAUAUGUGCCAGACAUCUUGUGUCACUGUGCACACAUACACUCCUUAGAUCUCAACCCAGCUCCAUCCCCUGGAUGCUUAGUCCAACAUCAUGUUUUUCUCUAUGACGGGGUGGAUUUCUGCGUUGGUCAUUUUGAUUGUGUGUUUCCUUUUUCCACCCUCUUGUGAAAUCAGAUGUAAGCUAUUAAAGUUGCUAUUAAAUAUGUCUAACCAAUUA